CAUAGGACUGUUUGGUACUGAAAAGUUCCACAGCAUUGUAUCCACAUAGGCUUAGCCCUGCAUCGCUACAUCAUACUUUGAUCCCCUCAGGCAUUUGCUAUCUUCCUUUGCCCCUAUAGGAAAUCCAAGGACGACUAUAACCUUCCCCAGAACCGACAUGGAGUCCCCCGUCUCGAAAUGAGGCACUCCUUGUAGCUACCCUCAAAGUAAGCCACUUCCCCAAUCACCACGGCUCUUCUGAUACAAGAAAUUGCCUGAGCUUCUAGCUGAUAGUGUAUACCUGCCUCUUCCCUAUCCCUAAAUGCAAGGAAGAACCUAAUUUCCUGAGGAAUGGGGAAGAGGACGGGUAGCCUGACCCAGUCUUGAAGGCCGCCUCACUCUCAGAGAUCUCACCAGAAGAUACUCAGCACCACCUGUAAUCCUCCUCAGGGCCGAGUCCCUGAUCCUUGCCUCCUCAGGCUUCUGCUUUGACCAGCACUUUGGGCCUGAAUAUUACUACCACCUCAACACAAGCCACCAGGACUAUUUCAAGCCUUGAAAAAUUAUGCCUGGGACCAACUCUAGGAAGACAUUCAACCAGAAAGGUGACUACAACAUGCUCACCACCAACCAGGUAUUCUUCCCUCCACAACCCCCUGAACAAGUCUUUCCAGUUCAGAUUCGAAGAAGAAAAGCUGCACCACUGGAAUACCAGAAUUAUGCAGGCUAUCUCACUAGAGACUUUCAUACUGUGCAUAAGGAAGCCUACGGUGGCUGGGAUCCAAGCAACUAUCAGCAGCCAAAACCUAUACACCUGAAGGAUGAGCUUACCAAUAUGAUGGGCAACAGCAAUGCCAAGUUUGACGACUCCACAGUAACCAAGAUCUCCUUCCUACCACCCUCCAAAACAAUAAGAGUGGUCACAGGCAAGCAGCCCACCAGCAUAUUCAAAGUUCCUGAAAGGAAGUUUCAGGAUAUCUCCACCAAUAAGGAAUUUUUUCAAAACUGGGGAGUCCAACCCCGGACCCAUCACAGAGAUAUCCAUGAUGGGGGAACCUACCUUAAGCCUGUGCAACCAUUUGAGAGCCAAACCACCACCAAGAGCAAUUUCUUACCUAUAAUUGUCAAAAAGGUGAAGUCAUUCAAACCCAAAAGCAGCAGCAUCAUCGACAGUGAGGGAAAACAUGAGUUUUCCACUGCAUACAAGGAGGCAUACAGGCCACUUCAGUUGCCCAGCAGUCCACUGAACAACUGUUUGAUCCAAAACCAGGACAAAGAUAGAACAAACACAGAGACUACAACUGAACUCACCUGAGCAAACUAGAAGUGGCUCAGGAUGCAUUCCUCUGCCUUAGGUCCAUAUCCAGAAAAUAAGGAUUUUAGUCACCCCAGAGUUCUGCACAACUUCCUCCAGGGAAGAAGGUAUGAACCCCAACCCAGGUCUCCUGAAGUGGCAAUGACCAAGGAUACAAUGCAUCAUCAACUACAUUCUGUCCAGGGCACCUUUAUUUCUACUCUUUAACUGGUCUUGAGUAGCUUUAUCAAAGAGUUAUUGAGACAGAAUAGGGAAAGAGUAAAAGGUUCUGAAACUAAUUAAAAA